UUUCACAGCACCGAUCUGCCAUAACCCUAAACCCUCGUCUCCCCAUACCGACGACCCACUCGUUCACAUCCUCAGCCGCCGGACCCCUCUUCUCCUGGAGCUCUCUCUCCCGCUCCUCUUCGACGUCCUUGACUCCUCUUCUUGCCUCACUCCCAGCGACCUCGACUGUCGGCCGUCGCCAAGGCUUCCCUCCACUCUUCCCGAUUCGUUCUCGGUAUCGCUUACCCGACUUCAAAGCCCAUUUGCUUAAUAACAUCCAAGGAUAUGAGGUAGAAUAAAUACAUUCAAGAAUCUAGCAGUAACAUGUCAACCGGUCCUGGCCUAGAGUCAUUGGUAAACCAAACUAUCUCAAUCAUCACAAAUGAUGGGCGCAUCAUUGUUGGAACUUUGAGAGGCUUUGACCAGGCAACAAAUGUCAUCCUUGAUGAAUCACAUGAGAGAGUUUACUCCACUAGGGAAGGGGUACAACAACUCGCCCUCGGGUUGUAUAUUAUAAGAGGGGAUAACAUAAGCGUUGUUGGAGAGUUGGACGAAGAGCUGGAUCUAGUGAAUGACUUGUCCAAAAUUAAGGCACAUCCCCUUAAGCCUGUAAUACAUUAAAUGGUGGAAGUAUUGAUGCUGCUGCACACACAAUAUUAGAUGUUGAACUAUACACUGCAGUUCUUAAAAACCAGGGGAUUCUUGCAUGUUUGUAGAAUGUUUUUUGUUCUUCAGAAACCUAGUUGUGUAGCAACCCUCACCGUGAGUGUUUGCUAUUCCAAUUGAAAAUGUCAGCUUUUUAUCA